AUGUCGGACACCGAAAGUCUUGAUUAUUUGCAAACGGGUUUCGACCCCGCGAGCCUCACAGUUCCACGCCUGCGAUCGAUCCUCGUCUCCUACGGCAUCGAAUAUCCCUCCAGCGCAAAGAAGGCUCAACUCGUACAGAUCUUCACCGACAAAGUCUUGCCUCAAGGCCGCAAAAUACUAGCGGCUAGAGCGCGCGCGAGGAGGACAAGCAAGGGCAUCACGAACGCAGAUCGGGACGAAACGGACGAGGAAGAGUCAAUGCCGCCGCCUCCAACUCCGCGGACGAGAACAAGAAAGCCGUCUGCAAAGGUCAGGGCUGAGGAGAGCGAGUCCGAUAUGCCGGGUUUGAGAAGCCCGACGAAGAGGACUCCGAGGGCGAGCAGCAAGCAUGCGAGGGUUUCUGAUACCGAGACAGAUCCUGGUGGAAUUAAAAAGUCGAUCCGGAAGUCACUGAAAAGCGAAGCCCCAACUCCAGCGCCAGCUACGAGAGUGAAGGUUGAGGACGAUGACUUGCCCGUUACCAAUCGGCGGGAGAGUGCCUUCACGUACGACAACCCUUUUCAAAGUGGCAGCUCCCCUCCAUCCGAGUCUAGGAAUGUAAGUGGAGAGCGAAAGAGAAAGAGCUUGGGUCUCAGUUCCAGCAAUCGAAAGAGCAGCUCUAUAUCAAGAAGGAAAACAUCUGUUGAGCCUAAGAUCGAAGAUGGAUUCCACCCGCCUACUUCCGCCACUUUCGAAAUCCCAGUUAGCGAGCUCAAUGGCCUGAAAGACGUUGACGAAAACGGCGUUGAAGCCAGCGAGGAAUUUACUCCCGAAGAACAGCUGGAACUGGUGCGUGAACGUUCAGUCAAUGGAAUUGAUGCCCUUGGUCCACGGAGGCCAAAGAAGCAGGAAGGUCGAAAAUUCAACAAGAAAGGGCCAAUAUGGGUAGCUCUUUUGACUCUGCUCGGUGGUUAUGCUACCUGGUAUCGUCAAGAAAAGGUUGCUGUGGGUUAUUGUGGCGUUGGCAGGAACGCAUAUGAAGUUAUACCCAGGAAUAUGGACGUCCCUGACUGGGUCAGAGUCAUGGCAGAGCCAGAAUGCGAAGCUUGCCCACAGCAUGCUUAUUGCCGCUCAAAUCUAGAUACUGAGUGUGAAGCAGACUUUGUUCUCAAACCCCAUCCUUUGUCAAUUGGAGGACUAGUACCACUUCCACCUACUUGCGAACCGGAUGGAGAGAAAGUCCGCAGAGUCAAGGCUGUCGCUGAUAAAGCGAUUAAUGAGCUGAGAGACAGACGCGCCAAGUGGGAGUGUGGUGACUUGACCGAUGAGGCUGGAAGUCCUGAGCCUACUGUCGAGAUCGACGCUGAGGAGUUGAAGAAAGAAGUCAGCAAAAAGCGAAGAAAGGGGAUGGGCGAGGACGAAUUCGAAGAGUUGUGGGCUGGUGCUAUUGGAGAGAUUAAGGGUAGAGAAGAGGUUGUGAGCGGCGCUGAUGGAAACCGAAACCUCCUCAGCAGCACCUCUCUCGCCCGCCUCCCCUUCACCUGCGCCCUCAAACGAUCCUUCCGACUCACACUGGCAAGACAUCGCCUCAAAAUUGCUAGUGUAGCUAUCCUUGCCCUUGUCAUAUUUUACAUCCGCCAUCUCUUUACCUCUCGUGCAGCCGACAAUGCUGCUGUUCCGCAUCUAGUGUCAUUGACACUUGAUCGAUUAGCUACCCAAGCUACAUUCCAUGUUCAGGAUAAAGAGGAUUAUCCUGAAGGUUGGAUCAGUAUUGGACAGCUGAGGGAUGAUGUCCUUCGGGAUCAGCAUAGUCUUAGGAAGAGAGAGGCGUUGUGGAAUAAAGUGAAGAAAGUAGUCGAAAUGAAUGCGAACGUUCGCGCCUCGCAACGUGAAAGUAGGAGUGGUGAAAUCAGCAGAGUGUGGGAGUGGAUCGGCGCUGUAGGCGAGAUUGACGGCUUGGAGAAACGACGGAAAUCUGGACGUGUGUCGUGGGGCGCUUUUGGUGACAGGAGCAGUCCUGUUAGUGGCAGCGAUGGAGGACCUGAAGUAGUACAGGCGAAGUGGCAGGAGGGACGGCCAAUUUACUAG